UAUUAAAAGACUUUUGUCUUCAGUGCUCAUCUUUUCCCUUCAAAGCGACUGGUUUUGCUCUAGUCUAGUUAUUCCUAACGAAAAAAGCUGGUAGAAAAAACUAGUAAAUAAAUAAUUCCUUAUUUUCACAAUUGUGAGCUGGGUAUCAAAAUUUCAGCCACGUGACUGUGACUUAUUGUCUGCAAUUAAUAGAAGGACACAAUUUGUUAUGGGUCUUUGUUAUGGAUGUAUAUUCGUUUUCUUUUAUGUUGACGUAAUGGGUGCGUCGGGGGGCUGCGCUCCCUACCUCAGUGCUGAGCCAACACUCGUGAAUGACAAGUUUUUCAAGACAGAAAACAGCUUUUCGGAGAUCAGUGGUAAAGUGCUCAAUUGUGCUAACAAUGUGAUGUAGAAUAAGAUAAGAGCUGAUGUGGAUUGAGGCAUAUUUCAAAAGCUUUGAGAAUUAAGAGUCAAGAACUUAAAAUUACAGCUUUACAAGACUUGUGUUAAAGUUAUGGCAAAUACAGUAUUCAAGAUGCCUGGAGGUGUUGGAUAUCAAUCCUGUAUUGAUAUUAUUGAGAUUUUGGAAUGGAAUUCAAAGAAGGUUCAUUGAUUCUUUUUGUACAAAUGCUGUAAUUCAAGAAUUGCAGUAAUUCAAGAAGUGCUGAAGUAUUAGUAUUAUACUGCAAAAUACAUUUAUUCUUAAAUUUUUGUUCAAGCUAUACAGACAGACAUGUCGGCAAACAAUUUGAAGUGCUUUCAUUGUCCAGACUGCAGUAAAGAAUUUAGCAAAGAGAAAACAUUAAUAAAACAUUUUAAAGUGCACAGUUCAGGAAAGUCUUAUCGAUGUAAAAUGUGUUAUAGUGUAUAUCCAAGUAAGAGACAAUACAAUGAACAUAAAAAGACACAUUUAGAAAAUGAAUACAGUACUUGUAGUGAAUGUGAAAAACAAGUUCUCAAAACAUCACUAUCUAGAAAAUGCUGUGAUGAAUGCAAUUUGAAACCUAAAAAGUAUUUGUGUGAAAAAUGUGGUAAAGCAUAUGAUUCUCUAAUGGGGGUGAGAUUUCACAUACAAAAGGGUAAGCACUCUACUUUAUUCUCACAGUGCUUUAGCUGUGGCUUGACAUUCCAGUCAAACAUGGCACUAUUUUUUCAUCUGACUCAGCAUCCGGAUUUUAAUAUUAGAAUAGUUGAGGCAUCUGAAGAAAAUGUUGAAUAUAGUGGCUCAAAAUCAGGAAAUCUGGAGAUUGGUAACAGAUCAUUGCAUCUGAAGCUGACUAAACCAUCAAAGAUGACAUACCCAAGCCAGGAAGAGGAAAAUGGGAAAACUAAUAAUAAAAGUUCAACACAAGCUAGCAUGAGCAGAGAUAUGACACUGCAGCCGCCUAUGAUACUGGCAGAUAAAACAGAAGAGAUAAUGAAAAUGCCGAGUACAGUGGCACAACAAGGUGUGGAGUCAAUAGAUAGAUUGUUAACACUAAACACAAAGGUGGGUCAAGAGAGGGCAGCUGGUGAACAUUAUAUAAAUUUGCAAGUUAUGUCAAGGAUGAAUAAUAUGCUACCAGCAGAGAAAAUGCAAGGAGUGCCCAUUGAAGGAAAUUCAGUGGGGCAGCAGGCUUUUGUACCAAAUAAUACAGCCUUUAGUUCAUGUCAUGUUACUCUACCACAAGAGAGAGUAGCUGGACAGGUGUCAGUACUGCAGGAUAACAGUGCAGCACACACUUCAAUCCCCUCAUGGAAUAUGAUUGGUCUGGAUAAUGCAAUAUCCCAGGAAAAGAAAGUUUUGGAGGAUGAAACAUUAAUGAUGAACAGUGACAAAUGCAGGAGUUCCAAGCCAAGUGGCAUACCACAAGAAAUAAAUUUGACACAAUAUGGGUUAACAAAUUGGAAAAGGGAGUGGCAGCAAAAUGGAUUUAUCCUGCAAGACAAUUCGGCUCCUCUGCAGGUCUGUGACAGACCACAAAAUAGCAAAGAUACACGUGGAAUAUUAAAUCAAGAAGAACGUUUAAUAUAUGAAAAAAUGUUUGGAAGCGAACUGAAUAUGGAGAGGAAUAGUUCACUUGAACGGACAUUCACACAAGUGCAAAACAUAAUCAAAGAUCAAGCAGGAGUGCAAGAUAAAAUGACACUGCAACAUGGCUGGACAAAUGAUUACUGUAAUGCAUUAUUUAAUGGUAUGUAUGCAGAAAAAGCACAAUUACACCAAAGAAUGAAAAUGGGCAAUACAGUAGCAGUAAAAGACAAAAUUACAGAAGAACACUUCUUGUUGGAUUUUGAAGUGAAAAAGAACAAUGAACUUGGAAUACACACUAUUAAGGAAGGAGAUAUUAGAGAAAAGAAUGAAGUGUUGCUUUUGAAUGAAAAGGGUAUUACAGAGGAGAAUAGUAUACAAAAUAGGCACUCAAAACGAGGUAGUAAACAGCUGCAAAAUGCCGCCGCAUUCCGAGAGUUUGAACCAGACUAUGAUCAGGCAAGUUGGACUAAAUCUACAGUACAAGCCGAGAAUGGCUCACAAAUGUACCACCACAAACUAACAAAAAAUGCCCCAUUAGAAGCCAAUAAGAUAUUUAGCCAGAACAUGAGACAUGAUUUACUUUUGGUAAGUGAUAUAAAAAAUGAGACCUUGUUAAUGUACAAAUUAUGGUUGGAACGUAAGAAGGGUGCAGCUAAGGAUAGUGAAAGACAGGAAGAAUGCAGCAAUAAUUUUUUGGAAAUGCUAAACUUAGGUAGUGAAGAAAAACAGAAGUUGAAGUUAAACUCAAAUCCUACUAAAAAUUAUUUAACCAAUUCUCAUAAUUUUGAUAUUCGAAGUUCUUUUCAUGUUGGAAUACAGUGUGCAAACAAUGAAAAUUCAAUUUUUAGCAUGGCUGAUAAAAAUGUGUGUGAUCAGUUUGGUGAAAAGUGGUCAACUAUUCCUCUACAAAAUUCUAUUGUUACAGGUGGAGUUAAUGUUGAAGAUUAUAUUAACCACCUUAUGUGGCACUAAAUGUUAGUUUUUGCAAAUUAAUGUAAUAUAAAUUCUUAAUACAGGAGCCUAGCAAAGUUAAGAACAACCUUUUUUACCCUACUUUAAAGCAUCUCACGAUACGAAAGGAAAUGAAGUAUAAAUCAAUAUACCAACAGCUAGUGUGCUUAAUAUAUAUAAACCGGUAUUUAAUUGUAUGAACUCAAUUCCACAUUGUCUCCACGCAUCUAAUUUGGCAUCUUUGCUAAAACUACUUCUUUAUGGAUAAGUAAUCAGUCAGGAUUAUUGAGUUCCCUACAGAUUCUACCACCUGAACUCUCCGUUAAUUUAUUGGGGCUAUCAAAACUAACAAAACCUUGAGUUACCUUGAAUGAAAAAGAAGCCUUGCCUCAGGCCAAGCUGUAAGUAGAAUUGUUUACAAGAGCAUAAGUCAAGAGUAAAAGAGAUGAGGAGAAGAUAAAGGCAAACAGGUUUCCAGUCUUAGCUCUGUAGCAGAGUUGUGGGGAUUAACAGGCAUUUUGCUUAGCAAAGAAACCCAAAUGAUAGUGUAUAAGCUAUGACCUGGUUUAUGGGGCCAUCUCUGGCUCAAUCAAGUUGCUCUUCUAUAAAUUUAUACUGCAGAACAAAGCCUAUGGUCUGAUUGCCUGAGCAUUGUGGUAGUCAUUAAAUAUAAAAAGAGGGUCUUGCAAGAGAUGUACAAAAGUUGGGUUAUAUUAAUUCAAAGUACAAUCCUCUGGCAUUCCAUUAAUUGUAAAUGUUUACAUACAAGUAUGCACAUGUUUAAAAUAAUAAUAAAUGUUAAUAUUUAGUUUACAAAUCUGGUAACACAAAGUAGGUAUUGUAUAACAUGACAGUAUGUACAAAUUUAGCUAAAUAUUGUGCCCUUGAUUUCCUCACUUUAUUUUUAAUUUCAGGGGCAUGUACAGUAUGUGUAAUUGCAAUGAAGUACAAAUUAGUUUUUAAUUUCAUAUAUAAACAUACGAAUCUUUUUGGUCUUUGACACAUUUUUUCUAAUGGUAUUUGUUGGAAAAUAUGCAAAGAAAGAAAAUGGCUGUCAGGCUUGAAGUAUAGGUAUAUUCAAAGUUUCAGGUACUUUAGCAAAAACUGGGAAAAAAAAUAAAAUUAUUCAGAAAGAUGUAAAGUUAAGCCCACAGCUUGGUACAGUAUUUAUCUCUAGACAUAAAAUUCUUUUAUUCAGUAGCAUAAAAUAGUGAGAGCGUUUGUAUUCCACUAUUACAGCAAGUUAUUAAUUUUAAUGAUUUGUUUGAUAAAUUCCUACAAUAUCAAUUAAGGAAGUUACAGAAAAUGGGUAGUGUUUAUGGCAGUUUCCUGGCAUAGUCAUUUUAUGCAUAAUUUUGAUCAUUCCUAUUAAUUUCCUAGGCCACAAACAGGAAAGGUAUGCAACUGCAAAUAAGGAUUUACACCUUGGAAAAAUACCCUUACAAGUUUACAAUCAUCAUUUUAAUGGAAUUAAAUUCACUAGUGUUGUAAUUGUUUGUAUUGAUAACAUAUUAAAGGUAAUUAUGCAAGUACUGUACAGCAAGCAUGUUAAACUGAGGGUCCCCCAAGGGCCAUAUGGGUCAUAUUUGUUGUUAUAAUGGCUACACAUGACAACUAAUUGAAGUCAUUUAAUGAAAAUUAUUGCAGAAUAUAGUAUGCUUUGUAUUACAUAGUAAUACGUAAAGUAUUAGUGUCCUUUGUGCGGCCAGCAGGUGUGCUUGCAGAGGGCUGCAUGCAGCCCGCAUGUUUGACAUGCCUGCUGUACAGUUCAGUACUUGUAUAAUUACCUGUAAUAAACUGCAAGGCUUCCAACAAAGCCUUGCAGCUUUUACCAUACAGUAAGAGCUCGGUAAUCCAAAUUUUGGUAAUCCGAAUAAACUUGAGUUUUAGUUUUCGAGUGCUUAACUUGUAAAAAUUUGGAUUACUAAGAUUUCUGGUGAACAAAAACCCAAAUAAAUUCAAAUUUUGUCAUUUUGGUCUUUCCCGGUAAAAAUUUGGCCAACUCGUUCAUCUACAAAAAUUGGAUUAUGAUUUUAUCAUGGUAUUAAUGUUAUCAUUCAUACCCUAACAUUUCCAAAGAUCUAUGGGUUAAUUAAUUAAUUUUAAUUUGAACCUAUUAUUGGCACCUGUUAAUUAAUUUCUUAGUCCUAUGUUUAAUCAACCUAGACAGCAAGAAUAGGCACCAUGGAGGAAAAGAAGACAGGUAAAGAAUCCAAAAAUUUUUUUUUAAUUUAUUUACAGAAAACUAUGAACUAGAGGGGAAUGACAUUGAGGCUGUAAUAAAGGAAAUUAUAUAAGGAAAGACUAACAAUCAAUGGGAAUGAAACUAUCCUAUGAAAAUAUUUAGGUUCUUUUCAACAUCAACAGAGCAUAUUUAUAGUCAAGAAAACUAAUUUUUGCUAUUUCUACUCAGUUUAAACACUAGUUAAACACUUAAACAUUAUUUAGUAAGUAGCUAUGAAAGUCUAGUCUUUAAUCACUAUGCUGACUCGAGCAUGGUCCAGGCCUUUUAUACAGAUGUCUCGGCUAUGGGGAUUCCAUUCGUGGGCUUUAUGGAAGGGUCUAUUGCUUUCUCUCUAUUGAAAACGUCCAUUUGUGGGUGCAUGAAAAACCCUAACUAUACCUGAUUGUAACACUAUCAUAUGAUGAACCACUACUAGGAGAAUCUGUCUGCAAAGAGAUUAUCACAUCUAGCUAAUUUCCCAUGUCCAAGCCUAGAAAUCUCAUUAAAAAAAAUAAUUUUUCUCAUACAUAUGUGAAUGAAACAUGCCGACUGAAAAUAAACCAUAGAAUUCUAUUUGAAAUAUGCUUAAUGGCUUUCCCAAGACUCCAACUUUCUGCAAAAAUAAUUUUAAAUGUGAUUGGAGCCACAAUAAUUGUUACCAUUUAUACCAUAAUAGUUCUCUUCCUGCGAAUUUAUUUCAAUUAUCAAAAUUUUAAUUUCAACAGAUCAUAAAAAUGGAUAACUACCGCGGGAACCUAACUGCAAAGAUAUUUCACUCUCAUUGCCAGUAUUUCUCAGGAUUCAACCCUUUAAAUCUUAUUUUUUAGAGGUUAAGACAUAACCACAAAUUGGUGUACUUAAGGGCCCAGUAACCUUCCCACAAGUCUGUGAACUCCAGCCCUGCCUUCUAAGCAAAUCCACACAUUACCCACCAGCAAACACUUGUUCAGGAAAGCGGGCGAGUAAACCCGGCUGGCAAAGUACGUGUUGCAACUGGAGAUUUGCCAAAGUAAGGUUUGCCGAAUCAAGGUUGCGGUACAUAUCUAGCUGAGCAGACAACACUCGGGAAUCAUAGUAUAAAAACAGUAAAUAAAUCCCUGGGAGUUAGACACCUGCUAUGGGGUGUAUCCUGGGGUAUGUGUGAGAAAAUACAUGUAGUAGAUAUGACAGGAAAAUAGGUUGGAAGUCAGUACAUUAGACAACUGAUGGUUAGAUGUGAAGGAUGGGAUCCAAGACCUAACAGCUUGAUCCUGCAGGUACAAAUAGAUAAUCCACACUAGUGUGUGCAUGAUAUACACGCAUACAUAUACAUAUAUAUACUGUAUAUACAUACUGUCGAUCUGGAGAGACCAUUCCAGACUGACAACCAGAGCACAACUCCAUAGUCUCCCGAGACUGAUGGAUGCCUACUACUACUGGGUAUAUAUUUAUAUACUCCCUUGCCUCCUACCUUAUGAAUUCCCUAUCAGGUGCCAAGGAUUCCCGAUGCAUAUUUGUGAUGCUUUAUAUUCUUGCCCUGUAUCACAAAAAGUUGGCAAUCUGCAGCAUAACUGAUCAAUAAAAUGAGCAUGAAAAAUUUUGACAAUGAAAAUGGAAAAGUUUAAAAAGAUAACAAAUGGAUUAGGAUGAAUUAGGACGAAUGUACACUUUGGAUGACUACCAGAAGUUGAGGUAACGAUAAAGUAAAGAUAAAAUGCAGGUCAGAAAACUGACAAAAUAGUAAUGCUGCUACUGGUAAAAUGCAGGUCAGAAAACUGACAAAAUAGUAAUGCUGCUACUGGUAAAAUGCAGGUCAGAAAACUGACAAAAUAGUAAUGCUGCUACUGGUAAAAUGCAGGUCAGAAAACUGACAAAAUAGUAAUGCUGUACUGGUAUCGCAUAAAAUAACUUUUGUUGUUUAGAUCAUUGGGGGGGGGGGGGGCAUGUGCACAUUUAGCUAACAUGGUUGGAACACUGCAUUUAAUUGAACAGCCCAAAUAACUGUUGGGAUCACACUAGCAAGCCAAAUAAAAGAAAAACUAAAAGUUAUACGCAAAAUAAAUUACUGAAGAGAUUAAUGAAUAGGGGUAGGAGGAUGUACUUUAAUACUUUAUAAGUUCCCUCUGUAUGCAUUACAAAUAUUCAGAAGGGAGGGUCGUACAUAGAAUACAACAUAUACAUAUGUAUAUAUAACAUUCUUACCAGUUUGGUGUGUUCAGACUUGUGCUCUGAAGCAAUGUUUGCCGGUGCAUGUAGCAGUGUUCAUUUAUGUGUGUGCUGUGGGCACUUUAAGGAAGAUCUGCACCUUACUGUCAGAGCUGCCUUUUUCUGCAAACUUUUGCUCACCGUCUUAUAGAAUAUCUUGAUUUUCAGGAUUGAGAAUCUUUUUUUUUUUCCCCUAUUGUUCCUUCGUCUUUGUGUUCUUGUAAUGGAAUCCUGAAUGAUAACUAUGAGAAAUAUUCUGAACAACAAAGUGCUGUAUAACCAACUGGCAAAGUGUUACUUUUUUGUUACUUUUAUGUAUGCCAUGAGACACAUGCUACCUUUGACAGAAAUUAUUGUUUAUUGUAUACCAAAUGUGUUGUAAAUGUUUUUUCUGAAAGAAAUGUGCAUAAUAAAUUGUACUUUUAAAUAUUAUCCAUUAUAGGUGCACUUGUAUCAAAGGAAAUCAGAAUUUUUCAGCAAGUCUAGUUCCAGAACAAAACUCAAGUGUCUUGAGGCAGCACAGCAUGAUCAUGUCUUUUAAAACCAUAGAAUGAGAAAAUUAGGAGACAUGAGAAGGAUUUGAACCUGCACACACCUUGAACUUCUAAACCACGAUGUGCUACAAAAGUAAUGUAACCUGGGACUCCACCGAAUCCGCUAGGGUUCCCGAGGCAUCCUCCUCAUAGUUCCUACGGAUUUUCUCAUUGAUUCAACGUGAUAAUGUGAAUUCUUUGUAUACUAUAAACUACACUGUGAUGCACAUGGAUUAAAAAACUACUGUGGUAUAUAGAAAAAUUCAAACCUCUUCCAAUGAUAUAAGCAUUCCUUGGUCAGCCCUCUAUCAAGAAAACCAUCUCACUAUAUUGUAUAAUGUAGUUCCAGUUUAAAAAAAAUUAUCGUUGCACAGCAUUUGUGGUAUAAUUUGAUGUGAAAGCUUAAGUUUCUGAUAAUUUCCAACGAAGCUUUUUUUCAUCGCAGAAAGUAUUAUCACAAAUAUUAGUUUGUGACAAAAGUGAUGUGUAAAUAAAUAAAACUUGUAAAGUUUA